ACUGAGAGUAAGGGGAUGCACAAUAUUGUCCUGACAGCACUGAAUAGUUCUUUCCACAGACUCGCAGAGAGCAGAAGCGUCUGGACACUGAGAUGUCCAGAUGAAGAACGUUUACCACCUGGAUUGAGGACUUUUGGAGAAGUGUCAGACAGAGGCCAUGAAAACUGCGUUGACUGAGCUCGGCCUCAAUAUAGUGGAGAUGACUGAUGAAUCAGCCACACUGGACGGGGGAGAUGUCCUGUUCACAGGUAGAGAAUUCUUUGUUGGAUUAUCCAAGAGGACCAAUCAGAGAGGAGCAGAGAUCCUGGCUGACGCGUUUAAGGACUACGCCGUGUCCACGGUUCCCGUCCAGGACAGACUCCAUCUGAAGAGUUUCUGCAGCAUGGCCGGCCCGGGUCUCAUCGCCAUCGGAUCCAGCGAAGCCGCGCAGAAAGCCCUGAAGAUCAUGCAGCAGAUGAGCGAUCAUAAAUAUGAUAAACUGACACUUCCUGAUGAUCUGGCAGCAAACUGUGUCUACAUGAACCUGCCGGGGAAAGGACACGUCCUGCUGCACUGCACACCGGAGGAGUUUCCUGAGAGCGCCAAGGUCUUUGAGAAGCUGAAGGAUCACAUGCUCAUUCCGGUGUCCAAUCAGGAGAAAGUGAAGGUGGACGGCGCGCUGACCUGCUGCUCGGUGCUCAUCAACAGGAAGAAGAACAUCUGAGAGACAAUCA